AUGCACACACACACAUCUAGUCUUCCUUCUGCCUCGCACAGCAAACACUUGUGAGCACCAGAAAUGGCAACAGAAACUUUGGAUAAGCAGAAGACUAUAGAUCUCCGAAAGAAACAUGUUGGUCCAUCCUGCAAAGUGUUCUUCGAUCAUGAUCCUAUCAAGAUUGUGCGAGCAAAGGGCCAGUAUAUGUACAACGAAAAAGAUGAGAAAUACCUGGACUGCAUAAACAACGUAGCACAUGUGGGUCACUGCCACCCAGAUGUGGUCAGUGCGGGAGCAAAGCAAAUGGAGCUUCUCAACACCAAUUCCCGUUUCCUGCAUGACAGUCUGGUUCUUUAUGCUCAGCGGCUUCAAGCCACCCUUCCCGAAAAGCUGUCUGUGUGCUAUUUUGUCAACUCAGGGUCUGAGGCAAAUGAUCUGGCCCUGAGGCUGGCUUGGCAGUACACUGGGCACAAAGACAUCAUCACACUGGAUAAUGCCUACCAUGGUCAUGUGUCAUCACUCAUUGAUAUCAGUCCAUAUAAGUUUCAUCAGAUGGCUGGGGCAGAGCCGAGCCAACAUGUGCACGUGGCUCUUAGUCCAGACACCUAUAGAGGCAAAUAUCGUGAAGACCACCCAGACCCUGCCACUGCUUAUGCUGAAAAUGUCAAGGAAGUAAUCGAAGAGGCCCAUAAAAAGGGACAUGAGAUUGCUGCUUUUAUUGCUGAAUCACUACAAAGUUGUGGAGGACAGGUCAUUCCUCCAAUGGGUUACUUCCAAAAAGUGGCACAGCAUGUGAGAAACGCUGGAGGCAUUUUCAUUGCUGAUGAGGUCCAGGUGGGCUUUGGAAGGGUGGGGACUCACUUCUGGGGCUUUCAGCUACAGGGAGAAGAUUUUGUACCAGAUAUUGUUACAAUGGGCAAACCUAUUGGAAAUGGCCAUCCAAUGUCAUGCGUGAUCACCAGCAGAGAGAUUGCUGAAAGCUUCAUGUCUUCUGGAAUGGAGUACUUCAACACAUUUGGCGGUAACCCUGUAUCAUGUGCUAUUGGGUUGGCGGUGCUUAAUGUAAUUGAGAAGGAAGAUCUCCAAGGCAAUGCCCUGCAUGUCGGAGGUUACCUGACUCAGCUUUUGGAAGACCUGAAGAAAAGACACCCCUUGGUCGGUGAUGUGAGGGGACGUGGCCUAUUUGUUGGGUUGGAGCUGGUCAGAAAUCAGAGUAAAAGGACCCCUGCUACAGCUGAAGCUCAGGAGGUUAUUUACAGGCUAAAAGAACAGCGGAUUCUGCUCAGUGCUGAUGGUCCACACCGCAACGUUCUGAAGUUCAAGCCUCCCAUGUGCUUCUCCAGAGAGGAUGCUGAAUUCGCAGUGGAGAAGAUUGAUCAAAUUCUGACAGACUUGGAAAAGGCGAUGGUUCUCCAAAGGCCUGAAGCAGCAAUCUUGGAGACUGGACACAUUAAGAGAAAGGACGCCAGUGAUGAAAAUGGCCUUGUACAUCCUUCAAAUGGCAACAGCCACAAGCACACCAGUACAAUACCUCUGAGCAAAAAAACUAAAAGAAAUUAAGAAUCUGAUGAAACAGCAAGAUACACGGCUUGUAAUUAUGUCUGUGACAAGUUUCCACGUUUUAAUGGAUUUACAAGUACAAAUUCACUGUAUAAAGAUAACUUUGCCAUAUAUUUUAAUGGUGCUAGUAAGACUGCUAUCAGUGUUAUGAUUUAUAAUGAGCUGUGGAAUAAUAAAAACUGAGAAUGGUA